UGCGCAUGCGUAGUAACGGCCGAUCCGAGCGCUUCCAACGGACGGAUGAAAGCGUAGGCAGAACUUUGGAUGGUGUGGAGACAACAACUAAACGUUUCACGGUGACAGUUCGAAGGAAAUCCGGAAUAAGCCAGGGCAUUCAAACAGAUGGCCACUCACGAGAGAAAAAGCAGAAGAAUUAACUUCUGACAGACGAGGACAUUUUAACAAUGGAAGGCUCUAAAGUCGACAAGCGUGCGUCCCAUGCUUGUUAUGAAGAAGCAAGGGCAGAGCGGAAAAAGCUGCUGACUCCUGCACAUAUGUACAUGAUCAGGAGACUGGCUAUCGUCCUGAAUUUGACACCAACAGAAGUCGAGGACUUCAUUUUAGACUCACCAUCACUGGAUGCAUUUGAUCAUUUCUUGGCUGCUGGAGGUGGUCGAACAAUCUCCUUCGUGUAUCAGGAGUCUGGAGUCCCAGGAGAAGAAUGUGGGCGCACAUACCUUGGGCCAACCAAAGAUGGGAAAAUCCAGAGGCUGUUGUUAGCUAACUUAGCUGACACGCGCCUCACAGGCCUGUGCUGUGUUUUCACACGAACAAAAACGGACGUUCCUGUGAAUCCAGAAAAAAUACACGAGGACAUUUUUUUCUCAGUUAUUGAUACCAGAGACGACCGCUUGAAAGGGCUAAAGGAUGCCAACAGUUUUCUGCUACUAGCUGUGGAAGCACAGGAAGAUUGGGGAGCCGUCGGCACGUCGGUACAGAGAGACGAGAUCAAACACAACUUCCUGGAUGAAUUUAAAGGUUUUCUACAGUCUCUGAAUGACCUCCAGGCAAGAGAACAGAGCUGUGAUCAUCUGACUGCAGUCACAGAUGUUGACUUUUCUAAACUGGCUAGUCCUGACGACAUAAAACCUGCAGCUUCUAACCCGGACACGGUCGAACAAAUGGAAGAAAUGCUGAUCCAGUGGUUCAAACAGAUACUGAAGGCUACGAGAAAGCUCAAUGUCGAAGAUGUACCAAGUUUCACAGGAAGUCUCCAGGAGAUGGAAUACUGGCAAAAGCUGGACAAAAAGUACAGCUCCAUCAUCAGCCACAUGAAGAGUCCGCAGUGUAAGGCAGUGGUGGACGUGCUCCGAUUCAAACCCUGCAUGAUACUGAAGAAAUGGCUGGAAAAGGAAAACGAGAUCUCACACCGUGCUAAUGUAGCUAAAGAACAUGUGAAGUUCCUGAGCCUGCAGGAGACCUUCUUCAGCAGUAAUCCGGUCUCGAUGACGAAUACCGUGCAGAGUCUCGUCAGUACCUUUUCUAGGAUUUACUGUGAAUCACAGAACUACAGAACAGAUGAGAUGACUCCAUUCUUUAGCAAAGUCACACAUCAGAUGAUCGUAGCUUGCAGAGCGUAUAUUACAGACAACAAAAGCUUUAUGUGGGACCAAGAUCCUGAAGACCUCCACAGAAAAAUACAGGAAUGCCUGUGCUUGUUUCAGGAAUAUCAAUCCUGCAUUCAGAAAGCAGCCUUGCCAACGGUGGAAAGCCCUGGGGAAAAGCCCGUUGAAGCUCUACAGUGGUUCAUUGCUGCAGACCUUAAGAAGUUUACCAAGAAACUUGAAAAGAUCAAUCAAAUAAUUUCAAUGUUGAAGACUUUUGCAACCCUUGAAAAAUCAAGAAUUGAAGGCAUUGAGAUUAUAGCCAGACUAUUCCAGACUGCUAUCACCGGUAUUAAAAAGGGAGACGACAUCCUAUCACCAGAAGAAAAUGAGUUUGAAGCUGAUUACGAAAAAUUUAUGGCUGACAUCUGCUACAUUGAGGAACAACUCCAGAUAUUAAUGACUUCCAUCUUCACAAAGUUCACCUCAUCAAAAGUCACCUCAUCCCAAACAUGUAUUUCUUUCAUAGAAGGCUUUAAGAAGCUGAACAUUCCCUGUGUUGACAACAAGAUUCCUGAAGUUUCUAAACUUAUUCUUCAGCAUCAUAUCCAAAAGUUGGAGUUUGUAAAAAAGGACUUUUUCCAAAACCAGGAUCAUCCAGUUUGUUAUUCUACCUCAUCUUCGGUGGCGAGCAGGAUUCCUUGGGACAGAGAUCUCUGUAAGAACACUGAGGACAUUUUGUUAUACCUGAAAGAAAACACAGACUUUUUGUCCCACCCUGACGUACAAUAUAAGGUCAGAGAGUGCAGCAGCAUUGCAGACAUGCUGAAGGAGUUUGAGACUUCUGAACACCAAAGAUGGAUGAAGAAGGCUUCUGAUCUAACUGAUGUGAUGAACAGCCCAGUGCUGAUUCGUGACCCAAAGGCAGGAACAAUGGUUGUGAACUUUGACCUGAGAGUUAUGGAGGUCGUUAUGGAAGCAAAAUAUUAUUCACAAAUGGGUCUGGAGAUUCCGGAGCAAGCUUUAGUCCUUGUUCAGAUGGAGAAGACACUAAAUGGCUAUUUAAGGCGAUUGAAGACUAUUUUGGAAGAUUUUAAAUCCACAUGUGAAAGCAUACCCACAGAACAAAGGAUCAUUUUCUCUUCAAAAAUGGAAAAUGUUGAUUCUGCACUCGGCCCUGGGUCGGAACUGCUAACCUGGUCAUCUGAUCUCAACGACUUCCUCCAAAAUGCUGAAGUAGCUUUGCUUAAGCUAAAAAAUGAGGCAAAGAAGAUACAUGAUAUUUGUGAGGCGAACGUCGACGAUGUCCUUGAUGCAAUAUCGAAGACUGAGCUGAUUGAGCUCCCAGAGAAAGAGACAUCACUGCUGGAUUUUGUUGACCAUAAUAAGAAUCGCUGCAAAGAGUGGGCAAAGACAUUUGACCUCAAAUGUGUUCAUGUUAAAUAUGCACUCCACGAGCUGGGUUAUAUGUUGGGUGACAUCCAUCAACCAAAAGACUCAAAGAUGGAGGAGGACGCUGUCCUAGCAACCAGUAUAAGACUUGAGAGCCAGAAAACAAAGAUAAGAAAGGAUGAAGUGGUUUCGGAAAACCAAUUAAAGAAGAAACAAAAGAAAAAGGUGUUUAAGAAUCUAUGCAGUUUGUUCAGUGAAAAAGUGUGUGAAGCUCUUGUCAAAACCACACUAUUAUCCCUGGAGACCCUCGCAAACAGAACUCAGUGGGUCACGGCUCAUAAGACGUCACAAAGCCAGUGCAAGUUGGCCCCACUGAUAAAAGCUGAAGUCCAGCUGGAGAAACCUGUAGUGGUGAUGAGCCCCAGUGUAGAGGAGAUCCAGGAGGCCAUCAAUGGGCUCAUCUCCUCUGUGUUGGAAGUCAGCAAGGCUAUAGUGUGGGAGGAGGAGUACAGCUGGGAUGCCAUUCAGGGCAGAGAGAAAGACUAUUUCUAUCAGCAAGUCAUUAAUCACAAUGACAUUCUGAGAUUGGUGGACCUUCUAAAAUCCACAUUUAGCAGCAAGAAGAGUGAAGUCCUGGAUGUUCUGAAGCAGUUCUACACUUUCAGUGGACUAUGGGAAGAUAAUAAUCUCAAAAUUGAGGAAUUUAUGAACAGCAACCCACCCCUGACCCAAAUUGAGUCUUUGAUCCAACACUACGUCUCAUUUGAGCAACAAAUCGAUGACAUUGAGUCUGAGAUUGCCUUUGGGCCAGUUAAACUGUCAACAGGUCCUCUACAAAAUGCUCUGAAAGCUGAGAUGAAAGCCUGGAAAGAACUGAUCUGCAGAUACCUGCAGCAGACAUACAGAAGGAAACUGGUUGACACCAGUAUACAGACCAAUGAACAGUGGGCACAGCUGUCGCAUCCUGUUGCUGAUCUGGAAGAUUUUCGGCGUUCAUCAGACGUUCUGCGUCAGCUCAGAGAGACUGACAUAGACACUGAAAUAACCCUUAUUGCAAUUAAGGAUGCCUAUAAAAUUCUGACCACAUAUAAAGCAGAUAUAGAUGAAAAUGAACGAGAGGAAGUUGACAAUCUGUGGAAACUCUUCACAGAUCUUCUGUCCAAGGCUAGGUCAGUGCAAAAUGAACUUUAUCGUAAGGAGCCGGAGUUAAAAAAAACACUGGUGAUGUCUGUUGGUGUUUUUAAAAAGGACAUCAACACGUUCAUGGACCAGUAUGCGCGUGAAGGCCCCUUGGUGGAAGGGGUUGCUCCACAGGUAGCUAGCCAGCGGCUCCAAGUAUUUCAGGCUAAAUUUGAAGACCUGUGGAAAAAGUUCAUCACCUACAGGGCUGGGGAGGAGCUUCUGAGGUUGCCCGUUACAGAGUACGACUGUCUGCAUCAGAAACAAAAAGAGCUAGAACUGCUCCAGAAACUCUAUGGCCUGUAUGACGCUGUGAUGAGCAAAAUAAGUGGGUACUACAAGGUCCUGUGGACGCAAGUAGACAUUGAAAAGAUAAAUGGAGAGCUUCAGGAAUUUCAGAACAGGUGUCGGAAGCUCCCUAAAGCCAUGAAGGAGUGGCGAGCCUUUCUUGACCUGAAGAAGACCAUUGAUGAUUUCAAUGAGUUAUGCCCUCUGCUUGAAAUGAUGACAAACAAAUCUAUGAGUCGCAGACACUGGGAUCGAAUCUCAUCCUUAACUCAACACCAGCUUGAAGUGGAGUCCAGUACCUUUACACUGCAGGACAUUAUGGAAGCACAUCCUUUGACCUACAAAGAUGAUAUUGAGGACAUUUGCAUAUCAGCUGUGAAGGAGAAGGAUAUCGAGGCCAAGUUGUCACAGGUCAAAGAGCUGUGGUCUGGUCAGACCCUGAGCCUGAUGACUUUUAAGAAUAGAGGAGAAUUGAUGCUGAAAGGGGCAGAGACAUCCGAGGUUUUUACCAACCUGGAGGAUAGUUUGAUGGUCCUGGGUUCCUUGCUGACAAACAGGUAUAGUACAUACUACAAACCAGAUCUCCAGGAUUGGGUAUCCAAACUGUCGAGAUCAUCUGAGAUCAUCGAACAGUGGAUUAUAAUUCAAAACCUGUGGAUCUACUUGGAAGCUGUAUUUGUUGGGGGUGACAUUGCCAAAGACCUACCUCAGGAGACAAAACAAUUUCAAGAUAUUGACAAGUCCUGGAUCAAGAUCAUGGAAAGAGCUCAAAAAAUCCCGAAUGUAGUGGAAUGCUGUGCCAGUGAUCCAUUUCUGGAACACCGGCUGCCAGAACUUCAGAGGCAGUUAGAGCUCUGUCAGAAAUCUCUUGCUGGUUAUCUCGAGAAGAAAAGGCUCCUGUUUCCACGAUUCUUCUUUGUGUCUGAUCCAGCUCUUUUGGAAAUUCUUGGACAAGCCAGUGAUUCUCACACCAUUCGGUCACAUCUUCUCAAAGUGUUUGACAAUGUCAACGAUGUGGAGUUCGAUCCAGCAGACUAUGAUAAGAUUUUGUCUGUUAUCUCACAAGAAGGGGAACAAUUACUGCUGAACCAACCUGUCAUGGCACAGGGACCAGUGGAGCACUGGCUUGGGCAGCUGUUGGUGGAACAACAGGCCUCGUUGCACUCGGUCGUCUCAGCCUGCCAUGGGUUCAUCAACAGUGAAGAGUUUAAACUUCUUUCUUUCCUCAAAACGUAUCAAGCACAGGUGGGUUUGCUUGGAAUCCAGAUGCUUUGGACACGAGAUGCAGAAGAUGCCUUGCAUAAUGCGAAAACUCAAAAAGAAGCUAUGCCUCAUGCCCAAAAGAGGUUUCUCAAUCAACUCGAUGUGCUUGUCAGUCAAACCACCCAUGACCUCAGCAAGUUUGACAGAGUCAAAUAUGAGACUCUUGUCACAAUUCACGUGCACCAGACUGACAUUUUUAAUGACCUUGUAAAGAAGAGCAUAACAAGUGUUGACGACUUUGAAUGGCUGAAGCAGAGCAGAUUCUAUUACAAGGAGAUUCAGGACGACGUCACUGUGUCCAUUACCAAUGUUGACUUUGUUUAUCAGAAUGAGUUCCUGGGCUGUACUGAUCGUCUGGUCAUCACGCCUCUGACUGACAGGUGUUAUAUCACACUGGCCCAGGCUCUGGGCAUGAACAUGGGAGGAGCUCCAGCUGGCCCAGCUGGCACCGGUAAGACCGAAACCACCAAGGACAUGGGUCGCUGUCUUGGCAAGUUUGUUGUCGUUUUCAACUGUUCUGAUCAGAUGGACUUCAGAGGACUUGGCAGGAUAUUUAAAGGCCUUGCACAGUCCGGGUCCUGGGGCUGCUUUGAUGAGUUCAACAGGAUUGACUUGCCUGUGCUCUCGGUUGCUGCACAACAGAUUUCUAUCGUUCUGACUGCACGCAAAUGUUUGCAUCAAACUUUUGUUUUCACUGAUGGAGACUGUGUGAAUUUGAACCCAGAGUUUGGGCUGUUCAUCACUAUGAACCCUGGGUAUGCAGGUCGUCAGGAACUUCCUGAAAACUUAAAGGUGCAAUUCAGGACAGUGUCGAUGAUGGUACCAGACCGUCAAAUCAUCAUGAGGGUAAAACUAGCCAGUUGUGGGUUCCAUGACAGUGUCAUGCUGGCCCAGAAAUUUUUCGUGCUUUACAAACUGUGUGAAGAACAACUCACAAAACAGGUCCACUAUGACUUUGGACUGAGGAAUAUCCUCUCUGUGUUGAGAACUCUUGGAACCUGUAAAAGAGCUCGACCUACUGACACCGAGUCUAGCAUUGUCAUGCGAGUACUGCGUGACAUGAAUCUGUCCAAGCUGGUGGACGAGGACGAGCCCCUGUUCCUUCGACUUAUCAGUGACCUGUUCCCUGGGAUCCAGUUGGACAAAAACACAUACAAUGAACUCCAAACUGCUGUUUCCCAUCAAGUGGAACUAGCCGGUCUUGUCAACCACCCACCAUGGAACCUCAAGCUCAUUCAGCUUUAUGAGACUUCCCAAGUCCGCCAUGGAUUGAUGACUUUGGGCCCAAGUGGAGCAGGGAAAACCACAGCGAUCAACAUUCUGAUGCAGUCCAUGACGGAAUGUGGAACCCCUCACAAAGAGAUGCGUAUGAACCCCAAAGCAAUUACUGCUGCUCAGAUGUUUGGCCGUCUGGAUGCAGCCACCAAUGAUUGGACAGAUGGUAUAUUUUCAACACUCUGGAGGAAGUCACUCAAAGCCAAAAAAGGAGACUCCAUAUGGAUCGUGCUGGAUGGUCCGGUAGAUGCCAUUUGGAUCGAGAACCUCAACUCGGUGCUGGAUGACAACAAAACAUUGACCCUAGCUAAUGGUGACCGCAUCACCAUGUCACCAUCCUGCAAGUUGGUGUUUGAGGUGCACAACAUGGAAAAUGCCUCUCCUGCUACUGUGUCUCGUGUGGGUAUGGUCUAUAUGAGCUCCUCUGUUCUCAGCUGGAGACCCAUACUCCAGGGUUGGGUUAAAAAGCGAAAAGAAGCAGACAUCAUUUUAGGAUUAUUUGACAAGACAUUUGAGGAUUUUUACUUGUAUGUGAAGCAAACCCUUAAACCCAAAAUGGAGUUUUUGGAGUGUAACUAUAUUAUGCAGUCUGUGAAUCUGCUGUACGGCCUCCUCCCAACCAAGGAGAUGGAGGACUUUGCUGAGAGCAAGCUCCUCGAGCGUCUCUUCGUCUUUUGUUUGAUGUGGAGCCUGGGAGCUCUUUUGGAACUGGAAGAUAGAGACAAACUGGAGGCAUACAUAAGAGGUCAUGAGAGCAACGUUGAUUUGCCACAAACAAAGCCUGGAGAGACCAUGUUUGAGUACAUGGUGGAUGAAAACGGUGAAUGGUGUCACUGGAACAGUCAUGUUGGAGAGUAUGUUUACCCAACUGACCACAUACCUGACUACACAUCCAUUCUCGUGCCAAAUGUGGAUAACACAAGGACCGCUUUCUUACUGGAAACAAUUGCCAAACAACACAAGGCUGUACUGCUUAUUGGUGAACAAGGAACAGCAAAGACAGUGAUGAUCAAAAGCUACACAAAGAAAUACGAUCCUGAAACAGACCUGUUCAAGUCUCUAAAUUUCUCAUCUGCCACAGAACCCAUGAUGUUCCAGCGAUCUGUGGAAAGCUACACUGAGAAAAGACUUGGCAGCAUCUAUGGACCACCAGGGGGACGCAGGAUGACCAUCUUCAUUGACGACAUAAACAUGCCUCUUGUCAACGAAUGGGGAGAUCAGAUCACCAAUGAGAUCGUUCGCCAAAUGAUGGAAAUGAAGGGCAUGUACAGUCUGGACAAACCAGGAGAUUUCCUAACGAUUCAAGAUGUGCAGAUACUGGCUGCCAUGAUUCACCCUGGUGGUGGGAGAAACGACAUUCCCCAACGACUAAAGAGACAGUUCACUGUUUUCAACUGCACCCUGCCAUCCAACGCUUCCAUCGACAAGAUCUUUGGUGUAAUUGGCAAUGGGUAUUUCCACAAAUGCAGGAAAUUUGAGCCACAGAUUACGGCGAUGAUUACAUCUCUUGUGUCUGCUAGCAGAAUAUUAUGGCAAUGGACAAAGGCAAAAAUGCUUCCCACACCGUCAAAGUUCCACUACAUCUUCAAUUUGAGGGAUUUGUCGAGGAUCUGGCAAGGAAUGUUAAAGAUAAAGGCAGAAGAAUGUGGAGACAUUCUGACUCUGCUGGCUCUGUUCAAGUCUGAAUGCAGCAGGGUGAUAGCAGACAGGUUUGUUUGCCCUGAGGACAGAGAGUGGUUUACGAAGGCUGUAUCUCGUGUGAUCCAAGAUCAUGUUGACCCACAACAUGUCCAAGCUCUUCAUCCUGAGCCGUUUUUCGUAGACUUUCUUCGAGAUGCGCCCGAGCCAACUGGAGAGGAAAAAGACGAUGCCGUGUUUGACGUUCCUAGAAUUUUUGAACUGUUGCCAAAUUUUGAUGUCUUGCUGGCAAAACUGCAAAUGUAUCAGACUCAGCACAAUGAGAUCUCAAGAGGCUCCAGGUUGGAUCUGGUGUUCUUCAAAGACGCAAUGACUCAUCUCAUCAAGGUGUUACGAAUCCUUCGCACUGACAAUGGAAAUGCCCUACUUGUGGGAGUGGGAGGAUCAGGGAAACGGAGUCUAACUCGCCUGGCCUCGUUCAUAGCUGGAUACAAAAUCUUCCAGAUCACACUGACCAGAUCAUACAACAUGAAUAAUUUCAUGGAUGAUCUCAAAGUGCUGUAUAAGGUCGCUGGAGCUGAGGGCAGAAGCAUCACCUUCAUAUUUACAGACAAUGACAUCAAGGACGAGGCCUUCUUGGAAUACCUCAACAAUGUCCUAUCAUCUGGAGAGGUCUCCAAUCUUUUUGCUAAAGAUGAGAUGCAGGAUAUCACCCAGAGCCUGAUUUCAGUUAUGAAAAAAGAGCUUCCUCGUGUUCCACCAACCUUUGACAACCUUUAUGAGUACUUUAUAUCCCGGGCAAAGAAGAAUCUGCAUGUCGUGCUUUGCUUCUCACCGGUGGGACAGAAGUUUCGGUCCAGAUGCCUGAAGUUUCCAGGUUUGAUUUCUGGCUGCACAAUGGACUGGUUCAGCCCUUGGCCCAAAGAAGCUCUAGUUGCUGUGUCCAGUCAUUUUCUAUCAGAAUUUGAAAUGAAGUGCACUAAAACAGUGAAGACUUCAGUGAUGACAGUCAUGGGAACUUAUCACGAGAAAGUGUCUGAGGCUUGUGAAAGUUACUUUGAAAGGUUCCGAAGGAGAACACAUGUCACCCCAAAGUCGUACCUUUGUUUUAUAAAUGGCUACAAGGCGUUAUACACAGAGAAGUGCAGCUUUAUCAUUACAUUAGCUGAUCGCAUGAGUGUUGGAUUAAACAAACUGAAGGAAGCUGGUGCAUCGGUGACUAAAUUAUCAGCUGAUCUGGAAAUAAAGGAGAAGGAGCUUGCUGUGGCAUCUGUCAAAGCAGAGAAGGUGUUAGCAGAGGUGACCGUUAGCGCUGAAGCUGCAACCACAGUAAAGAACGAGGUCCAGGUUGUGAAGGACAGGGCCCAGAACAUCGUGGAAGGGAUCGCAAAGGAGAAAGCAGUUGCUGAGAAUAAACUGGAGGCAGCUAAGCCUGCUUUAAAAGAAGCUACUGAAGCACUAAAUACAAUCAAGCCAGCUGACAUUGCCACCGUGAAAAAAUUAGCCAAUCCUCCAAAUCUCAUCAUGAGGAUUAUGGACGGCGUCCUGAUUUUAUUUAAAAAGAAGGUUGACCGUGUCUCUGUUGAUCCUGAACGACAAUGUAUAAAGCCCUCGUGGGGUGAAGCACUGAAGCUUUUGGGUAGCCCUGGUUUACUGACAUCCCUGCAGCAGUUUCCAAAGGAAGAAAUUAAUGAAGAAGUGGUGGAGCUGCUGUUGGCGUACUUCGACAUGCCGGAUUACACGAUGACCAAUGCAAAGAAAGUCUGUGGUAACGUGGCAGGCCUUCUAGCCUGGACCCGUGCUAUGGCUACUUACUUUGCAAUUAACAAAGAAGUGUUGCCGCUCAAGGCUAACUUGUUUGUUCAAGAAAGGCGUCUGAACGUGGCUAAUGAUGAGCUAAGCAAGGCUGAGGCUCUGCUGGCGGAGAAACAGAAAGAGUUUGACGAAGUCCAGGCCAAAUACGACGCAGCUAUGAAAGAGAAACGGGUCCUGCUGGAUGACGCUGAGAUGUGUAAGAAUAAAAUGCAAGCUGCGUCUGCGCUGUUAGACGGACUUAGUGACGAGAAAGCUCGCUGGACAUCUCAAAGCAAACAAUUUCAAUCCCAAAUCAACAGACUUGCAGGCGACGUGCUCCAGCUGACUGGCUUUUUGUCGUACUGCGGGCCAUUCAACCAGAGUUUUAGAGACAUGUUAAUAAAAGGCGUGUGGGAAGCCGAGCUUCGAAGCCACAAUAUCCCUUUCACAGAAAACCUUAAUGUCAUUUCUGCCCUGGUAGACCCUCCCACCAUAAGCGAGUGGAAUCUUCAGGGAUUACCAGGAGAUGAUUUGUCUGUUCAGAAUGGCAUCAUUGUCACUAAAGCAGCGCGGUAUCCCCUCCUGAUCGAUCCGCAAACACAAGGGAAAUCCUGGGUCUUAAAGAAAGAAGAGGCCAAUGCACUUCAAGUCACGUCACUCAACCACAAGCUCUUUCGAACUCAUCUGGAGGAUUGCCUUUCCUUGGGACGGCCGUUACUUAUUGCAGACAUAUCGGAGGAACUCGACCCUGCUCUAGACAAUGUGCUUGAGAAAAAUUAUCUUAAAUCUGGGACCAGUUUCAAGGUUAAAGUCGGAGACAAAGAAAUAGAUGUCAUGGAUUCAUUUAGACUCUAUAUGACCACCAAACUGCCCAAUCCAGCGUACACCCCAGAAGUCAGCGCCAGGGCAUCCAUCAUCGAUUUUACUGUAAAUAUGAAGGGUUUGGAGAACCAGCUGCUUGCUCGUGUCAUCCUCAAAGAGAAGCAGGAACUAGAGGCAGAACGAUUAAGGCUAAUUGAGGAUGUAACUGCCAAUAAGAGAAAGACCAAGGAGUUGGAAGACAACUUGUUGGCUAAACUGAGCUCAACAAAAGGUUCUCUAGUUGAUGAUGACUCUAUGAUUUCCAUUCUGCGCACUACUAAAAAAACUGCUGCUGAAGUUGGUGCAAAGCUCAGUGUGGCAGCAGAAGCAGAGAUGAAGAUUAACUCUGCUCAAGCGGAAUAUCGGCCUGUUGCCUCGCGAGGCAGCAUCCUUUACUUCCUGAUCACCGAGAUGAGCAUGGUCAAUGUCAUGUACCAGACGUCCCUCAGUCAGUUCCUCAAAAUCUUUGAUCUGUCCCUGGAAAGGUCUGAAGUUUCCUCUCAAAUCCAGAUGCGCAUUUCAAACAUCAUUGACUAUUUGACAUUUGAGGUUUUCAGAUAUACAGUCAGGGGCCUGUAUGAAAACAACAAGUUCACUUUCACUCUUCUACUGGCCCUCAAGAUUGACUUACAGAACAGAAAAAUAAAACACGAGAAAUUUCUGGUUCUCAUUAAAGGUGGUGCAGCACUUGACCUGAAGACGUGUCCCACAAAGCCAUUCAGCUGGAUCCCAGAUAUGGUUUGGCUAAACCUGGUGGAGCUCAGUAAACUGCCUCAGUUCAGUAAUAUUAUAAGCCAGGUGUCCAAAAGUGGGAAAAUCUGGAAAGCGUGGCUUGGCCUUGAUGCCCCGGAGAGAGCUCUUAUUCCAGAUGGAUACCACUCUCUUGAUGUCUUUCAUAAACUCUUGUUGAUAAGGUCUUGGUGCCCAGAUCGAACCCUGCCUCAAGCAGUGAAGUAUGUAGAAGACUCUUUGGGCCCUCGGUUUUCUGAACCUGUGCUUUUGGACCUUCGCAGCACAUGGCAGGAAAGUGACCCCAGCACCCCUCUGAUUUGCUUCCUCUCUAUGGGCUCAGAUCCCUCUGUCCAAAUUGAAGCCCUCGCUAAAACACUCCAGCUUGAAUGCCGAGCGAUUUCCAUGGGACAAGGACAAGAGGUGCAUGCCAGGAAGCUUGUCAAGACGUCGAUGACAGAGGGAGGUUGGGUCCUUCUGCAAAACUGUCACCUGGGCUUGGCAUUCAUGGAUGAGCUCUUUGAAACUAUCACAGCUGCAGAGAGCAAGCACUACACUUUCAGAGUGUGGAUCACUACAGAACCGCAUGAUAGAUUUUCUAUCGCACUCCUGCAGGCCUCUAUCAAGUUCACCAACGACCCACCCCAGGGCAUACGUGCUGGUUUGAUGCGAACAUUUGCAGGAAUCUCACAGAGCAAGUUGGCGAGCGUUAACCUUCCCUUAUGGAACCCUUUGCUGUACAGCGUGGCUUUUCUACACUCAGUUGUACAGGAACGGCGCAAAUUUGGACCUUUGGGUUGGAACAUACCUUACGAGUUCAACUCGUCUGAUUUCUCAUCAAGUAUCGAAUUCAUUGAAAGACAUUUGCUUCAGUGUGGUCGCAAAAAGGAAAUUUCAUGGGUAACUGUGCAAUACAUGAUUGCUGAGGUGCUGUAUGGAGGACGAGUCACAGACGACUACGACAAACGUCUUUUAAACUGUUUUGCUCAAGUAUGGUUCAGUAACAAGAUGACUGACCCAGAUUUCUGCUUCUACACCAACUAUGGAGUCCCUGUGUGCAAGACGGUGGAGAAGUACCUGGAGUACAUCCAGGGCUUGCCAGCUGUGGACUCACCCCAAGCAUUAGGGCUGCAUCCUAAUGCUAAUAUCACAUACCAGACAAACACCUCUGCAGAGGUUCUCGACACAAUCACAAAUAUUCAGCCCAAAGAAAGCGGAGGGGGCUUGGGGGCAACUCGAGAGUCCAUCGUUUACAAAGUGGCAGAGGACAUGUUGAAUAAACUGCCCUCUGAUUACGUGCCUCAUGAGGUCAAAGCCAGGCUGCAGAAGAUGGGAGCGCUCAACCCGUUGACCAUCUUCCUGCGUCAGGAGGUGGAUCGGAUGCAACGAGUCAUCUCUGCGGUGCGCACCAGCCUGACUGACUUGAAGUUGGCCAUCGAUGGAACCAUCAUCAUGAGCGAUAACCUCCGCGAUGCCUUGGACAAUAUUUUUGAUGCUCGUGUGCCAAACCUGUGGAGGAAAAUGUCCUGGGAGUCUUCCACUCUGGGCUUUUGGUUCACCGAGCUUCUUGAGAGACACAAGCAGUUCUCUGAUUGGCUGUUUCAGACGACACCAAAAACCUUUUGGAUGACAGGUUUCUUUAACCCACAAGGUUUCCUGACAGCUGUGAGACAGGAAGCAACCAGGGCUAACAAAACCUGGGCUCUUGACACAGUCACACUUAGCAACAAAGUGCUUAAGGUGUCAGCUGAACAGAUAACGGCUUCACCAAAUGAGGGAGUUUACAUCCACGGUCUGUUCCUGGAUGGAGCUGGCUGGAACUGGAGGAAAAUCCUUCUGGAAGAAUCCUCUCCCAAAGUUCUGUUCUCACCCAUGCCUGUGAUCCACAUGUUUGCUGUCAAAUCUACUCAAACUGUGGAUCCAAAGCUUUAUGUCUGCCCUAUCUACAAGAAGCCAAGGCGCACCGACCUGAACUACAUCACUGCAGUGGUGCUACCCACCGUCCUGUCGCCAGACCACUGGGUUUUACGUGGAGUUGCCUUGCUCUGUGACAGCAAGUAACAACAGUUAGCUUAUUAUCUUACAACAGUUCAAGAGUUAAGUGCAAAUUGUGUGAAUGGUGUUGUUCAAUGUUCAUAAUUGAAUAAAUGUUUUCAGUUUCAAGUGUUGUGAAGUUUUUUUACUGUUAGUGGCACAAAGAACAAGGUGAUGGCGUUCGUUUUUGUGCUAAUCGGCAUAUCAGGACUACGUGGUGACGUGGUUGGUCUGUUGCCUCGCAGCAAGAAUGUUGCAGGGUCGAAUCCCAGCUGUCAGUCGUGGCCAUGCUGUGUAAUUUAGAGAAAGUGAAAGUGUUGACAUGUUUAACUCAUUCACUGCCAGCGUUUUUCGCCGUUUUUACAGUUUUUUUUAAGA